UCUCCAGGCAAUCCCAGAGUUCUGCGCGCAGUAGAGAUGGCCGCCUCCGUUGGCAGGGCGCUUGUCCCGGUUCAGCGAGUGUUAGGACGCGGUUUAACGGGAAGAACACAGUGUCUGGAGUCCCUGCUUGACCCUGCCAGGCGAUGCCCCCCUCCGACGCUGGUCCAGACGCGGACGAAGAAGCGCCAUUUCAUCCCCCCCUCCGUGGGAGCCAAACACAAGACGUUCUCGGAGCAGGAGUCUUCGGCGAAGGCAGCGGGGGCGGUGGUGCGGCAGCAGUACAUGGAGCGGGUCAUCAACAUCACCUGCACAGCUGGGAUAUUCGACCCCUACAUCCCCCCGGAGGGAGAUGCCCGCUUGUCUACGCUGUCCAAAGAGGGCUUGAGACAGAGAACGGAGCAGCUGAAACAGAGUGCUGGCUCACAGCUGGCCGUCCGUAAAAUCAAGGAACACGAUCCAGACUUCAACACAAAGGACUUCCCAGCACGGGCGCAGGAGAUUUUUAUUGAAGCACACACCAACCUCACCAGUUUCAACAAAGAGAAUCUUCACAGCCUGGUAACAGAGAGGUGUUAUCCAGAGAUGGUGCGCGGGAACCGCUACAAGACCCUGCGCUGGAGCUUCCUGGAGUCCCUGGAGCCACCGCGGGUCGUUCACGUGCGCUGUCCCGACAUGGUCAGCAAGGGCAACCUGUACGGACAGGUCACCGUCCGCAUGCACUCCAAACAGACGCUGGCUAUCUAUGACCGGUUCGGGCGGCUGAUGUACGGCAGCGAGGGCGUGCCGCGGGACGUGCUGGAGUACGUGGUGUUUGAGCGGCACCUGGUCAGCCCCUACAGCCGCUGGAGGAUGCAUGGCAAGAUCGUACCUGCCUGGGCACCCCCCAAGGAC